AUGGAAAAUCAAGGGAUAGCCUUGGAUUUUGCAUUGUGGCUGCUAAGACAUGAAAACACGAGCAGAACCUUGGAAGAGCUGCAUUGUGUAGCUUCUACAAAAUGGAAGGAUAUAGAGAAUCAGUUGGAUUCGACUCGGAAGGGGUUAAAAGCUCUUUUUGAACAGCUUGUGCAACAGGAAAAUGAACUUUUGUCCAAAGAGAAACAAUUGGAAGCCAAAGAGUUGGAGUUGAAACAAUUGGAUGGAAUGCAAAAGUCGAGCCAGGAGCUUUCAAAAGAAAUUGAGCAAAAAAAGAAGCAAUGUCAUGAUAUUGAAAUAAGAAUUAAAGAGAAAGAGAGGGAGUUUGAACACAUAAAUUCAUCUGUCUUAGAUGCUGAGAAUAAAUUGGAUUCUCUACAAAGCUGUAUGCAAGAACAAUCACAAAAAUAUCAAGGAAUGAUGAAGGAGUAUGAACAAGUCACUGAGUUGAAAGAAGAUCUUUUAGGUAAGAAGCAGAGAGAGAUUGAGUUGAAAGAGGAUCUUCUCGGUAAGAAGCAGAGAUCUCUUGAGGAAUGCAUCAAAGAAAUUGAGUUGAAAGAAGACCUUUUGAGUAAGAAGCAAAGAUCUAUUGCGAAAUGCACGGAGGAUUAUGAGUUGAAAAAAGAGCAACUAGAACUGCGCGAAAGUUUUAUUGAUGGUUAUAACAAAGAGAUCAAACUUAAAGAGGAAGAACUCAAGUUGAAGAAACAUCAACUUGAUUUAGUUCAAAAAUUAAAGGCAGAGAAUUCGGAUUCGCUGGAAAAAUUAAUGGAGAAUUGUGCUUGUAAACUCGAGAAGAAAGAGAAGAAUUUUAAAAAAUUUGUAGAAGAGCUUAGCUUGAAGGAACAAUUUCUUGAAUCAAAGUUUAAAGAGCUUGAUCUGCUUGAUAAGAAAGUCAAUGAAUGUGUCGAAGAGGUUGAAUUGAAAGAAACAAACUUUGCUUCACUUCAAAGGUUGCUGGAAGAACAAUGCCACGAGCUAGAAAUAAAAGAGAGCGAAUUUGAAAGAAAGGCCAAUGAGUUUAAAUUGAGACAGGAAGAAUUUGAAGCAAUUCAAAGAUCAGCUGAAAUGGGAGUCAAAGAAAAAACCAAUAUACAAACCCCCUCUUCAUCUGCCUCUCAUCAGUCUUGUGUGACCAAGGGAAAGAAAGACUUGUUUUGGCUCUUGCAUGAAUACCUACAGAGGCAUGAUUUGGUUUGUAGUCAAAUUUUAAGUGUUCUCAAAGCUUCAUCAUCAGAUCCAGCAAGGUUGGUCUUGGAUACAAUACACAAGAUUCACAAUUUGCAUUCCAGUAGGGAAGAUAUUGAGUUUGAAGGCAGUAUUGCUAGAAGGGGCUGCAGUCUGUUGUCGGAGCUGUUAAUUAAAGCCUCACCAGAGAUUAAUCCUCAAGUGAGACAAAAAGCAAUGAAGUUAGCUUUUGCUUGGAAGGCCAAGUUGAAUGUGGCAAGUGAUAAUUUUGAGGUGUUGAGUUUGUUGCAGUUUCUAAAUAGUUUUAGAUUGGCCUCUGCAUUUGAUGUGAAUGAGCUUCACUAUCUUCUUGAUGCUGCCGGUCUGAUUACUCAGACAUCCCAAUUACGUUCUCCUUCUUCGGAUAUAACUAGAGAAGAAUGUGUUCAAACUCUUAUCCAAGGGGGAGAGAUCAUUCGAGCUGUUAGACUUAUUUGCAAUUGAAGUUAAGGGACAUGUUUCCACCAAUACAACUUUUGAUUAAAUUUUUGGAGGAUACUGAGAGUUCUACCCAAACAGCAUAUAAGGAAAGGAAAUAUUACAAAGCAAUGAAACAGGCCAUGGACAAAGAACUAGCUAUUCUGAAAGCCGUGAGGGAAUGCAUCAAAUUUUGCAAUCUUGAGUCUGAGAUCCUAUCCAACAAAAUAUCAAAACGCUUUGGCAUUUUGGAAAAUAUGGACCAGUCGUUAGACCCGGAGGCUGAACAGUCAACCAACAAGAAACAAAGAAACAGUAGUUUUGAUCCAAAGGAAAGUUUUGUUAGGUGUUCCCAGACAGAUAAGUUGCAUGACACAGUUGGGGCCGAUAGGAGUUCAGCACCUUUGCCACAAUUUCUUCCACCUAAUGUUACAACUAAAUCCCGUUUGCCCAUAAAGAUCGGCACAACUACACCUCCAUUAGUGUCUAAGGUUGCCAAUGCAGUUGGUGGCUUUAAUAGGAGUCCAGGUUCAGCUUUCACGCAAUCUCCUUUUCUUAGUGCCUGGACCAAACCUCCUCCAGGUUUUGUCAAGUUGAACUUUGGUUAUACAGGACAACCAGACUCUGGCUUCUUAAGUGUGGUGGCGCGUGACCAUAAUACAACAGUGUUGGCGAUUUGGUGUCAGAAGAUCGCUCAGACUGAUCUAUUGGUUGGGGAAGCUUCAGCUGCUCAUGGUGCGUUGACUCUGGCAUCUUCUAAAAAAUGGGAUGCCAUCUAUUUGGAGGGAGACUCGUUGCUGCUUAUGCGUAAUCUUCUAAGAAUUUCUGAACCA